AAAAAUACCGUCACCACCACAUCGCACAAUCGAGGCCUUCCACGACGACCCUUUCUGCCUGGAGCAAGAACCCCCCGUUUCUCUUAACACACAUUCUUUAUCCCAAUGUCGAAUGAUUGCUGCAGUUUUCUUUUCUGUUGCUGCUCAUGCUUCUCAAUAUGCGGCCACUCUAACCUCUGUCGAUUGUGCCUAUUCUGUUCUCCCAGAAAGCGUCCCACCGCAGAGGAUGACGCAGAGCUAGACCGGCAGUACAAUGCCGUACUAGCAGAGCGGCAGGCCGAGCGCGAGCAAGCUCUCAGGGAGAAGCAGUACUCCAGGACACCCCAGAUGUCGACGGGGCCCAAAGGGCAUUCGCCAACCCCCAGUCGAGGCCAGAAUUUCUCCCCUCCGCCAGUGUACACGCCAGACCCUAGUGGUCAUCCCUCGCCGAACCCUCCUCCAGAAGAUUGUCGCCGUGGACAUAGUCCCCAGCCUUCUGGUGGGCAUAGUCCUCGACCCUCUCGACAUAGUCCCAGACCUUCAGCUGACUCCCGCAAUAACGAAGCUGAAGCUCGUCUGCCAAACCCUUACGACCGUCAUCAGUCCUAGGUAGUUUCGGGAGACCAUGAAGGGAAGGCGGUGAUCACCAGCCGUCUAGAUACUAAUUCACUUGCUGAGACUCGAGAUACCCAGUUUAUUGUUCCGGGAGCGUCUUGACGACGCACCGAAUUUUGUUCAGUAGUUCACAUCGUUCUCAUACACUGUACGUUACUUUACUGUUACAGGAUAUACAUAGGGUACAAUAUAAAGCAAAUGUGAGAUAUACCCAAGU